GUAUUUUUUCUUUUGAUUCCUGCGUUUUCAGUCAACUUUCAUCAUCUGCAAACAUGAGUCCUUUCACUCCCAAGCAGGUUAUGCCCCGUGAUGAUCGACUCUUUGCCAUUAUCGGCGCGGACAUGACCCAGAGCAUUGCGGAGUAUGAAGUUUCGCUUCUGCGACCGUUUCCUGAAGACUCGAUAAUCCACGACGCCGCUUGCGGUCUUGGCCCCGUAACAAACUCAAUCUUGCAAACGUUGCCGCCAAAGUCGAUUGCCAUUCAUGCUACCGAUCUCGCGCCGCCCAUGGUGGGGAUAUACAAUAUGUUGUCAAAAAGCAAAGACUGGCCCGCAGAAGCAAGAGUAAUGGACUGUCAGAAGCUCGAGUUCACUGCUUCUACCUUUACUCACACCUUUCUCUCUUUCGGGCUGCCUAUCAUCGCGGACCCCAACGCCGCUGCAAAGGAAAUGUAUCGCACACUACAACCCGGAGGAACAGCAGUAACUGCAUUUUGGAUGAGCCUUCCACAAGGCGAUUCAGCUGUAGAGACCCGGCGUGUAGUCUGGGGACCCGACGCGAGAGUGAAGGUUGAGCCACACCCAAGGCACAAUGACCCCACUUUCAAUCACGAUCUUCUCGUUGAAGCCGGCUUCAACUCUGGCGACAUAAAGCUAUAUGAAAGUACUACUAGUCUUCCAGUGGAGGACCUGGACGAGUUCGCUUGCGCUAUCUGGUCGAUUAUCGGAGAGCCAGUGGGAGGUUGGAAGCAGGAAGAUGAGGACCGAUGGGACGAAGCCAUCGAAGCAUAUAAGAAAGUUCUGAUGCAGAAAAAGGGAUUUCACGUGGAUGGAGAGGGCAGGAUAGUCCUCGAAGGAGUUGCACAGAUAGCGAUCGCGAAGAAGGAAGCUUAG